AUGACCAGUCUUAAUCCUCCUUCACCUACACUUGUCAGACGAAAAACUUCAAGCAGACGUCGUGCUGGAUCCCAUCUACCCCCUCCUCAAGAAACACACGAGAUUGCUCUAUCCGCCAUCCGUUAUUUCCUGAAAUCUAGAACCUGUUACGACGCUUUUCCAAUUUCAUUUCGCAUAAUUGUGUUGGACACCAAGCUCAACGUCAAGAAGGCCCUUCAGUGUCUACUCCUCAACACUGUGGUCUCGGCCCCUUUAUGGAAUAGUGAAAAAUCAGAAUUCGCUGGAAUGCUUACCGUCCUUGAUCUGAUUCAUCUCAUUCAAUAUUACUACCGGACUGCGACCUACGAGCUUGCAGCAACAGAUGUAGAAACUUUACGUCUAGAGGCUCUAAGAGGUAUCGAAAAGGAGCUUGGUGUUGCACCACCCCCACUUUUACGCCAACACCCUAUGAGUUCGCUGUACGAUGCCGCUCAAGUCCUCGUUCAGACGCACGCCGGACGUCUUCCUCUACUUGAUAACGACACAGAGACUGGGCAGGAGACUAUCGUAUCUACGCUCACACAAUAUCGAUUGCUCAAGUUUAUUUCCAUCAAUUGUAACAAAGAGAUUCAACAACUUAAUCUUCCUCUGCGCAAGCUCGGAAUCGGUACCUACGUCGCUACUCCACCACACUCAGUUCCGGACGGGCAGAAUCCUUAUCACCCUAUAGCAACGGCAAGCCUGAACACAACUGUGUUUGACGUAGUACACAUGUUCUCGGAACGGGCAAUCUCUGCUGUGCCCAUCAUUGACGAAGAUGGCGUUGUCGUUAACCUCUACGAAACUGUCGAUGUCAUGACAUUGGUACGUCUAGGAGCGUACCAGUCUCUUGAUCUCAAGAUUUGCGAUGCUCUGAGCCAAAGAUCUCCUGAUUUCGCCGGUGUUGUGAUUUGCAACGCUUCGGAUUCGUUGGGAACGCUACUUCAAUUGAUCAAGAAACGGAGAGUUCAUCGAUUGGUCGUUGUUGAGGGAGAGGAGGAAGAAAAGAAAGGUGGGAAGAAGGGACGUUUGCUGGGAAUCAUCACUCUGAGCGAUGUGUUACGUUAUGUGGUUGGGGAGGAUACACGCCAGUAG